AUGGGCCUCGCCGGCGGCAUUGUCCGGAGGGUCCUCUCCAAGAGCCCCUGUAGCUCGGGCGGCGGCGCCGGCCACGGCGAACGGAGCCCUGGCGACCGCAAGAGGAGGUGGAGCUCUCUCCGGCUGUACCUGUGCGGCGACGAGACAGGCGCGGCGGCUGUCGACCAGGAGGACGACGACGACGACGACGAUGACGGGACGGUUGUCUCCGCCGGAAGCUUCGAGACUUGCCCGAUGACUCGAGUCCCGGUGGCAGAUGCAGAUCGACGCGCCGGCGUGAAUGGUGGUGCGGACAGCAGCAAUCCUCAGGAGCUCCAAGGCCGGGGGAGACCCGAGGACGACAUGGGCGUGCCGACGGAGCGGGUCACCGACGAGGAAGCGGCAAUUCUGAUCCAGUCUGCAUUCAGGAGAUUCAUGGCAAGGAGGCGACUGUUGCAGGAGGUGCUGAGACGGAGCUCGGGGCAGGAGGGCUGCUACGCUGAAGAGGAGCCCGCGACCCCCGCCUCGGCGUCCAUCGCGGCGUCGGUGGAGGUCCAGGUCGGGGAGUCCCUCAGCAACCUCCGGCUGAGCGACGACGGCGGCGCGUCGCCGACGCCGUCGGCGCAGCACCGGGCCAGCCAGAAGUCGCGGCCACCGCAGGUCUUCAGAGCCAAGGAGGAGUGGGACGACAGCACGCUGAGCUCGAACGUGCUGAGGAUGAGGAUCCAGAGCAGGAUGGAGGCUACCACGCGCCGGGAGCGAGCCCUCGCCUACGCCUUCUCGCAGCAGGUACGCACAUUGCACUGCGGCGGCGGCACAAAGAAGCGGUCGUCGCGGUCGGAACAGGGGGAUUUCAACGUGGGGUGGAGCUGGCUGGAGCGGUGGAUGGCGACGCGGCAGGCCGAGCCAGGCGCCGACGACUCUGCCAGCAAGAACGCGACGGAUGCCGGGUCGGCGGUGGCAGGGCGGCGGGUGGUGGUGCCGGUGAGGAGGCGGCAGGACGUCGCCGCCGUCGAGGAGAAGGAGAGCUGCGGGUCCAACAGCGUGUCCGCCGCCGUCAGCUUCGACGGGUCCAGCGCCGGCGGCCGGAGCGGCAGCCUGAGCUGCUACAGGCCCGGCAAGAACAACCGGCCCAGGGGUGCCCGGAACCUGCCGCGCCGGAAGGUGGCCGCGGCCGCGUCAGACCACGGCCUCCAAGCGAGAUCACACAAGGUGAGCAAGAAGGCGCGGCAGAGAGAGCAGAAGCAGCUGCACAAGGAUCAUCAAGCCGAGGCCAAUGUGUACGAUCCCCGCCAACCUCCAACGGAUUACUGAAACCCAGACGCUCGGCCAACGAUGUACAUAGCUUCUCCAAAUCCAGAUUGCUGUGUGCGCUUGUGUUCCCAUGAAUUUUCUCUUC